GCUAGGGCUUGGGGAUGAGGAGCGGCGGGCGCUGCGUGCGACGUGUGUGCAGUGGCGGGAGUCGGUGCUGUUCGCAACGGGACGUGGGGUGGAGGCGCGCAAGGAGGCUGGUGGUGAUGGUAAGGUCGUGGUGGGCGGUAUGGACAGGUGCUCUCAGCUGUUGCUUCUCCUGGACAAGGAGUGAUGGCCUUGACAUGUGGGGGUGCCAGGAGUGCCGGCUGCUCAUGAAUGGUAGUGAAGGGGACUAACUUAUAGGAGGCACACCGGAGUCUAGAGGUUUACGUACAUGACAGGGAACGCGGCUAGGAGCGCGCGCUGCUUAUCAACAUGUAACGCUGCAACAUGCCUUUGUCAUCAUUGCCGUGCAAGCCGCGAGCGAUCUUCCAAGUAAGGCCCUUUUGAACAAUUACAAAUGUGUAAUCAAUGUUACGAAGCGGUGCGAUUUCAGGGACAUGGUUGGGACCGAGACUGACAGGUCUUCCUAGCUAGGUUUCUGGCUGCAGCGCCAUAAAACAGAUAUUAAAGGUCAGUUAAGGCGCUUCAGUAGUUAAUUUCAAUAUCAAUCUUCCAACUGCUUUCUGCCCUUGGGCGCGCUCUCUCGCUCAUACGCGGGUGCGAGAUGGGCGGGAAGUACUAUGCGGUGCGCGUUGGUCGGAGGCCAGGCAUCUACGAGGAUUGGGGUCAAGUGAAGCCGCUUGUCGAAGGCUAUCCGGGCGCACAGCAUAAGUCUUUCAAGAGCCGCGAUGAGGCAAUGCGCUACCUAUCGAACGGUCCUUCUGCAGCCGCUGGAUCAAAGCGUCGCAGGGAUGACUAUGAUGAUGAUAGCGACGACGACCGGUAUCACCGGCCACCACCGCCCGCGUACCGCCAAUCUAACCCCUACCGGCCACCAGCCCCCCAGCCGCAUCCCUACCCUAGCCGCCAGCCCGUCAUAAUGUCUCUUACCGUCCCCAGCUCCCGUGACAACUAUGACGGCGGCUACCGCAGCAGCGGUGGGGGCGGCAGCAGCAGCUUCCCAUUCCACCGGAGCAGCAGCGCUCCUGGGGGCCUGGAGAGGCGCGGCAGUAGCGGCGUGUACGACCCCGUUGUGGAGGGGCCGCUGCAGCCGGUUCGGAGCAACACGCUGUACCAGUUGGAGUUUGACGGCGCCUCACGGGGCAACCCGGGCAAGGCCGGGUGCGGUGCGGUGCUGCGGCGACUGGACACCGGGGAUGUGGUGUGCCGGCUGCGCAAGUACAUGGGCUCCAACUCCACCAACAACGAGGCCGAGUACACGGCGCUGCUGGAGGGACUCAAGAUGGCUCGGCGGCUGGGUGUUACUCGGCUGCAGGCGCAGGGCGACAGCAAGCUGGUGGUGCAGCAGGUGCAGGGCAGGUGGGCCAUCAACAAGGACCACCUGCGGGCGCUGUGCGACCAGGUGAAGCAGGAGACGCGGCACUUCCAGGACUUCAACAUACGGCAUGUGCUGAGACACCUGAACGGCGAUGCGGACAAGCUGAGCAACGACGCAAUCGACCUGGCGUACCGGUAGCAGGAGCCGGGAGAGCUGCGCAAGAUACUCGUGCCAACACUGCGCUGGGCUCUACUGGGGGAAGGGUGUUUUACUGGUAAUGUUUUUUUCAUUCUGUUAGCCGUGCCAUCCAGCCGCUAGCGCACGAUGUUCGUAACCAUGCAGGAUGAGACAUGAGAGCUGGGCGAUCACAGUAGUGAGGGAGCAUUUUAUGUAGAGCUAGGCUUUGUAGCAGCAGGAAUGUAAGAAAAGGUGGCCACUUACAAGUUAGAGUAGGUUAGGUAUGGUGUGGUUGGGGCCCUCGCUGCAGUACCUUCGUGAGAAGACGAUUGCAAUGGGUGCGCAUUUGUUCAGAGUAUGCGUGCUUGGUUUGAGCCACACGAUGCUGAAAGAGCAGGUACAGGAAAUCCAGGUUGUGUAGAUUGUGUAGGUUCCUUAUGCGUUUGUGCUAAGGAGCAUGUUGUGUUAGGAAAUGCAUGCUGGUCAUCCUCAACGAAGGGGUGGCUAGGAUCAUUGGUCGAUGGAGACGCCGCGGGAGGGGGGGCGGCAACUUGGGUUCUGGGUUAGCACCAGACGAGGCCUG